UGUCCCCCCGUUUUUUAACCGCGGCUGCAGGGGAAGCACCAAACCCUCCAGCCGGCCAUCUUGGAGCCCUCGCCAUAAAGCUUCCAGAACAUGAUGUAUGCCUCCGAGUCCAAACCCCGCAUUUGACACUCCCCUCCACCCAAGCCAAGCCAAGCCAAGCAGCGCACCGCCCGGCCCCCUCCCCCUCUCCCCGCUAGGCCCGGAGGAUGAGCCGAGAAGCCCCCCGGCCCCCGAAGACGCACGCCCUGGCGCUCCUCAUCCUCUGCCUCGCGCUGGUGCCAAGCAGCCUGGGCAUGGAGGUCACCGCGCCUUUCACCAUCAUGGCCCUGAAUGGCUCCUCCGUCCGCCUCACCUGCACCUUCAACUCCUGCUACCGGGUGGAGAAGAAGCAGUUCUCCCUCAACUGGACAUACCAGGAAUGCGACAAUUGCACCGAAGAGAUGUUUCUACAGUUUAGGUUGAAGAUUGUUCCUAUGGAGCAGACCCGCUUUGGGGAUCGUGUGGAGUUCACCGGGAACCCCAUCAAGAACGACGUCUCCUUCACCCUCCACAACGUCCAGCUGGAUGACGAAGGGACCUACCACUGCUACGUCAUGAACCCCCCUGACCGGCAGAAGGGACACGGCAAGAUCAGCCUGAUAGUGAUCACCGAAGAACCUCCCGAGCGGGACUCGACGGUGGCCGUGAUCGUGGGCGCCACGGUGGGAGGGUUCCUGGCCGUGGUCAUCCUGGUGCUGGUGGCGGUCAAGUGCGUGCGGCGCAAGAAGCAGCAGAGAUUGAACACGGACGACCAGAAGACGGAGGAGGAGGGCAAGACGGACGGCGAGGGCAACCCCGAUGAAGGCACCAAGUAGACCGGUGCCCGGCGGCCCGGGAUGGUCCCCUCCUGCCCUCCGCCCUUCCGCCCUCCCGCAUCCAUGAGCUUCCUCUAAAGACUCUCCACUGGUGUCAGAAGUGUCGAGGUCCCUCCCUCCCCCACUUAAGCCUCUCCCUUGAGACCUUGCACGCAGCUGGGCAGGGCGCUGCAGAGCAGAUCUUCCUCUGUGGAAGAAUUCCAGGGCUAAAAAGUUGGGUGGGUGGGUUGCAAAGGGAGGAUUUGGGGGGUGAGAGCGAGGGCUCGCCUCCCAACUUGCCACAGGGAAGGUCUUGACCUGCUCCUCCUGCCCCUGCUGUUGGUCCUCUCUGCCCGGCGCCACCAAGGAUGGAAAGCCUUCUUCCUGGCCCGCCCCCACCCACCAGGUCACCUGGGGCACCCCGUGAGAAACUCCGCCCGCUGGAGGGGAUCUUUUCCCUUCCUGAGGGGACGCCACGUGGGUGUUUGUGUGUGUUGCUGCUGAAGGGGAGCAUUGGCCCCAGGAAGAGAAGGGGGUGGGGGGGGGACAGAGGUUCCCCCUUCUGAUGCAGAAACUGCCACUUAUCGUCUUCCUUCUACAGAAGCCACAAGCACAACCCACUACUGCCAAACGCAACUCACUGCCAGCGGGGCGGGAGGGGGAGGUCGAAAGGGCGGCACAUUCUGCACUCCCUCCCAGAACCGGCAUUUGCAAGCUCACGCGUGUCAGCUAUUCCCUGAUCCCCAUCCAAACUCACACGACCCCCUGAUGUUUCCUACGCCCAGCAUAAUUGGGGGGGGGAGGGUCUUUCUGGGAAUAGGCUUUUUGGGGGGGUGGCGGGUGGAAGACUGCUUGUUUAUUUCCUGAGAGCAUGCUGCCUGUGCCCCGCUCCCCGCGCCAUGCUUUUUCUUCUUGGGUGGGCGACUAUGCUUUCUGCUGGGAGGAGCGCUCCUGAAGGGCCCUGGCGGAGGAGAGGUCUAGAUCUCAUGGAGGGGCAAGAUCCUGGGCCUGUCUGCCUUAUCCUCCCCACUCCACCCUCCGGCUUUCCUUUCGGUAGACCGCACUUACCAGGUAGUGCCCGUCAGCCUCUUGCUGUAAACUUCACCAGGGCUCUAGGGGAGGCAGAGCUGGAUCAGGUCCCUCGGUGCUUGCUGCGUCCUUGGCUCCGAAGCAGGCAAUUCCUGGGUGCCUCUUCCUCUCAGUCACAGCUGGGCUCCAGGCCCGGUCAUCGUCCACCAACCCUGGGCCCCGUGCAUGACCCUGCCGUCCUUCAAGGGGCCCUCGGGUUUCUCUCACUGUCGCACCUGGGGACAAAAAGGCAGGGCAGUGAAUCCCCCUAUGUCCUCUUGCUUCUCCCAUCCUUCUCCCAUCUGGCGGGGCCAAGGCUCUGCCCCGUCCCUUGCUGCCUUGCUGCGAUUGGCUCGUUCUCUGCUAAGCAGGCCACAAGGUGGUGCUCUCGCCUCCCCUGACAAUGGAGCCAGCUUUUGGUG